AUGUCUUUACAUCUGAUACUGGUGCUGAUUCCGUUUACAGUGAUCGCUGACCAAGAUUCCUCCAUCUACAUCAGAGCUGGAGCUGAAGUCACUUUGCCUUGUGGCAUUGUGAGAGAUGAUCAUGUGAACUGUGGAGCUACUGACUGGUUCUUCAAUGAUUCAGAGAACCCUGGAUCAGCAUACCUGUUUGUAAAAGGGCAGCUCAACAGAUUUGUGAUUUCCAAAUCUAAAGCAGGCAGACUACGUCUUGCUGCAAACUGUUCUCUGGUUAUUAGGGAGGUCACAGCUGAAGAUGCUGGUCAAUACAUCUGCAGUCACUCUGACCAGAUCAAUGAACGUCAUGUGUUUUUUAUCUAUGUUGUCAGCGUGACUGAGCACGAGAGAACUGAUGAGGUGACGUUGAGCUGCUCUGUGUCGACAUUUGCAAGGUUUGGACUCACAGUGAAGUGGCUGUUUAUGAAUAUGGAUAUGGAUGAAAACAACAAAGAACUGAAGACGUCAGAGUCUUACAGCUCGGCCAAUGUGAGCUUCUCAAAAUCCCAUUCUGUUUACAAGAUGAAGAACUAUAGCUCAUUAAUAUGUAAAGUGAAGGAUAAAUACACGGAGGAAAAGUAUGCCUUCAUCCCUCCGUCAUCAGGAAACAAUGAGAUGACAACAGAUUGGUGGUGGUACAUUCGUCUGGUUGUGGGUUUUGCCACAAUCGUAACAUUGGUUGUGAUUCUCAUCAAAUGGAGAAGAAACAAGAUCCAGGGUGGUGAUGUUGCAGUGGCCUUCAGCACUGGGGAAGCUCCCUCCUCUUCUACUGGACCCUCAGAUGAUCCCAGCAGCCUCUAUGAGAACGUCACAAUCAUACAAUAGUAGAGUCACGUUUGACAUCGAUACAUUUAUAACAUGAAUCAUUUGUUACAACUUUUCUGCUGUGAAAACAAAGUCACUCGUAAUAAUGUGAUUCUCAUUAGAUAGAAAAGAAACAAAGGUGGGAACAUUCCCAGAUGAAACUUUGAUUUAGUUUAAACCACUGCCAAGGCCCGACAGUCUGUAAAGUUUUCUAUAAAAAGUUACUUUUAUCGUGUGGACUGGAUUUAACCAUUUUUCAGCCAUUUUAUUGAUUUUUGAAGUUUGUCGUCCAAAACUUGAAUAUUUUAUAUUGUA